AUGGAUGAGGAAUACGACGCCAUCGUUCUCGGAACCGGACUCAAGGUAACAUCUCUUUCAAAUGUAUUCAAUUUUAUAUUAUUGUUUUCAGGAGUGCAUCAUUUCUGGAAUGCUCUCUGUCUCUGGAAAAAAGGUUCUCCAUAUCGACAGAAACAACUACUACGGAGGAGAAUCUGCCUCGCUGACUCCCCUGGAGCAGCUCUACGAGAAGUUCCACGGCGCCAACGCCAAGCCGCAGCCGGAGAUGGGACGUGGACGUGACUGGAACGUGGAUCUGAUUCCAAAGUUCCUGAUGGCUAACGGGCCACUCGUUAAACUCCUUAUCCACACGGGAGUCACUCGUUACUUGGAGUUCAAGUCCAUCGAAUCAUCGUUCGUCGUGAAAGGCGGGAAGAUCUACAAGGUGCCGGCCGACGAGAUGGAAGCUCUGGCUACUUCCCUAAUGGGAAUGUUCGAGAAGCGCCGCUUCAAAAAGUUUCUUGUUUGGGUGCAGCAGUUCGACGAGAACAACAAGGAUACUUGGCAAGGACUCGACCCACACAACAACACUAUGCAGCAGGUGUACGAGAAAUUCGGACUCGACGAGAACACCGCUGACUUCACCGGCCACGCUCUCGCUCUCUACCGUGACGACGAGCACAAGAACCAGCCGUUCGCGCCGUCUGUCGAGAAGAUCCGUCUUUACUCGGACUCUUUGGCGCGUUACGGAAAGUCGCCGUACUUGUACCCGCUGUACGGACUCGGAGAGCUUCCGCAAGGAUUCGCUCGCCUCUCCGCCAUUUACGGAGGAACCUACAUGCUGGACAAGCCAGUCGACGAGAUUGUCAUCGAGAACGGGAAGGCGAUCGGAGUUAAAUGCGGAGAGGAAAUCGUUCGUGGAAAGCAGAUCUACUGCGACCCAUCGUAUGCCAAGGAGCGUGUCAAGAAGACCGGCCAGGUCGUUCGUGCUAUCUGCCUCUUGAACCAUCCGAUUCCUAACACGAAUGACGCGCAGUCGUGUCAGAUCAUCAUUCCGCAGAAGCAAGUCGGAAGGCAUUACGGUAAGAACAUUUACUUUUUUGAAAAGCUCGAUUGAAAUAAAACAUUUUUUCAGACAUAUACAUCUCGUGCUGCUCCAACACCAACAUGGUUACUCCAAAGGGAUGGUACCUCGCCAUGGUCUCCACGACUGUCGAAACCGCCAAUCCAGAGGCGGAGGUUCUCCCAGGACUUCAGUUGCUCGGUCCGAUUGCCGAGAAGUUCAUCCAAAUUUCUGAUGUGUACGAGCCGUCGGAUCUCGGAUCGGAGUCGCAGAUCUUCAUCUCGCGGUCGUACGAUGCCACUACUCACUUCGAGACUACUUGCAAGGUAUUAUCUGUGUAGUUCGUUUUUCAAAAAGGUUAUCUCGUUCAGGACGUUCUCAAUCUCUUCGAGCGCGGAACCACCAAAGAGUUCGACUUCACCAACAUCACCCACCUGUCUCUCAACGAUCAAGAAUAA